CAUGUAGCAUUGCUCAUUGCUCUUAUCAGCACAUGGAUUUUUUUGUUUUCGGCGAGACAGACAGUGCAGUUUGUCAGUGGUUUCCAUUUAUUUUUCGUUCGAGCUCUGUUACAUCCACGAUGUCAUAGUUCCAGUUCCCUUUGAUAACUGUUCAAAAGAAUUCGUAAUUUGAUUGAAGAAACGGAGAAAAAUGUAGGUUGGUCGGAAACUCAGUCAGUGUCCUAGCUUACCUGGUCUUUAGUCAGAAUAUAAUUUUUUCAUCACUUCAUCGAAAUUAGUAUGUUGCCUGUCAUCUGUGAUCAAAGCUCAUUUUCUAUUUCACCCUAUAAUUUCCCGUGAAAUCAUUUCUUCUCUUCAAAGUGCACUUCUGUAAGUUCGCAGUUAUGAGUUUUUCUCAGUUAAAAGAAACCAUCGAAGAAGGGGACACCGUUAUUCUCUACUUAAACCCUCUAAAUCUACACUCAAUCGAAGUCAAACCUGAAAUCCCAAACAAACAUGAUGAACUUGUUGACAACGUUUUUCAAACGAAAUAUGGAGCUUUAAAGAUAAAAGGUCUAAUUGGUCAAAAGUUUGGUUCCAAAGUUAGUUUGUCGAAAGGAUGGGCAUAUGUAUUGCAUCCAACUCCUGAAUUGUGGACAUUGACCUUACCACAUCGAACUCAAAUCAUUUACAGUGCAGACAUCAGCAUGAUAAUAUUUCAAUUGGAUUUGAAACCAGGUUGCAUCGUCAUUGAGUCAGGAACAGGAAGUGGCUCCUUAACACAUGCAUUGGCUCGCACAGUCUCGCCCAAUGGUACGGUGCAUACUUUUGAUUUCCAUAAACAACGAGCAGCCAUAGCCGAGGCAGAAUUUGCUGGUCACAAAAUUGAUUCUGUUGUUAAAUCCUAUCAUAGAGACGUUUGUCAGUUGGGGUUCGGACCUGAUUUGGAUUCUCUUGCAGAUGCAGUAUUUUUAGAUUUGCCUCUUCCUUGGACAGUAGUGCCUCAUGCUGUGAAAGUGAUCAAAAAGUCAGGUGGUAGAUUCUGCUCGUUUUCGCCGUGCAUAGAGCAGGUCAAACGAACUUGCGAAGCGCUCCACGAUAGCGGCUUCAGGGAAAUCCAAACGAUGGAAUGUCUCCAGAGGGAGCUCACCGUCCGAUCCAGAACCGUGCCAAUUUUACACCCUGACAAGGAAGAAGAAUCCGAAGAGAAAAUGACCUUUACUUCCGCUCUGCCCCAACCCACGGUUCCCGGACACACCGGUUACUUGACGUUUGCAACCUUACCACCAAACUGAAUUUCUGCCUUCACGUGCCAUUGUACCUGAAUUACACUCUAAGGCGUCGCAAAUUGUGUUCCUCUCCGUCGCUUUUAAAAGAUCAUUCCCGAGAAUUUCAAUCGACACGAUCUGUUUUCAUGUUGACUUUUUUGUUCAAUCAUAUUGAUUGCGCCACAGUGUUUAAUGUGUCAAUUCAUUUUCACAAAACAUUUUGUAUCGUUUCUUGUUCAUAUGAGCGUUAUAUUUUCUGACUAAUACAAUUUUUGUUAAAUAUCA